CUCAAGCAUAGAGUGACAGAAAGCACGUCUCCGCCUAUCAUCUCAUUACUACCCCAACCCUCCCCAGGCUUUACAACCAUUCAUCAUAGCCCCUAACUUGACGAAACCUAUCACCGCUUCGCAGUGGGCCAGGUCAACAUACACAGUUUCCCACACAAUUAUUACCAGGCUACCAGAGCGUACCAAGACAAUGGCUGCCGACAGGGGCAGCAGGCGCUGCAAGGCUCCAGACUGUGGGGAGAAGAGCGUGCACGAAACAGUCUCCGACAAGAAGAUAUACUCCAUGUAUUGCCAGAACCACACCUGCAUGGCCCCGAGGAACCAACACCAUCCCUUCUGUAUCAACCAUCGAAACCCACACAACAGAUACUGUGCCUUCCACGGGAAGUGCAGAGCCCACGGAUGCACACAGCUAGCCCCACGGCAG